AUGGACAAGGUGACGAAUAUACCGAUCCUUGAACUGAAUCCGCUUUUAACUUGUGCCCUCUGCAAAGGCUACAUUAUUGACGCCACGACGGUUAUUGAGUGCUUGCAUUCAUUUUGUCGAACAUGUAUAGUUAACUACCUUGUCAAUCAUAACACAUGCCCCGUUUGUGAUACACUUUUACACAAAACUAGGCCGUUUUGUGCCAUCCGCCCAGAUAUCGCUCUUCAAGCAAUAGUAUACAAAUUACUUCCAAAGGUUUUUGAAAAUGAAAUGUCUUCCAGAAGAAAGUUUUACGGAGCCCUACCCCAGGGUGACCGAUUGUUAAUAAGUCCGGAAAAACGUGGCGAUAUUACUCUGAAUGCCUACGUAGAAAAGGAGGAAGAAAGGGUGAGCUUAGAGCUUCGAUUCUGGCGCGAUCGAUCCCCAGAUGGUUCUUCCCAAUCUCCUUUCCUCGACCAUCCGUCCACUAUCUAUUUACUGUGCCCGCCUUCCUUGACUGUUGGCCAUCUGGAAAAACUCCUGCGAAAUAAAUUUAACUUUCCUCCCGAUGCUCACAACAUUGAGUUCUUUUUCGUUUCCGUCAAUUGUCCUAAAGGUGGCGAGCGCUUUACCUCGGAUUUUACCAUCUCAGAUCUCGUAUGCAUUUAUUCUUGUACUCAAUCCUGGAUUCGGAUAAAGAAGAAUGGUUGUUCGAAGCCGGUAGUCCCCGAAGUCAAACCCAUGCGUCUUUACUUUUCUGUGCAUCAUGUUUCCACCACUGCAGUAAACGGUGAUGAAGCGAUUUCCGAUUCUAAUUCGAUGUCUGUAGUACCGUCCGCUGCCACUCCUGUUGCUAAUAGCAACGCUAUCGCACUAUCGACAGGUUAA